AUGCGCGGACCUCAUCGAGUAGACUGGUUGAAGGUUCUGAGGACAGUAGAUGUCGUUAUUAGCACACCAUCGAUACUCGUGUCUCAUGAUCCAGCGGAUUAUCCGAACAUCCGAGUGGUCGCUACUGCUGGAGAGUCAUGCCCAGUAGCACUUGCUGAUAGGUGGGGACAGAAUGCUACGUUUUACAAUUGUUGUGGUCCUACAGAGGUAACUAUUGUCAACACCAUGCAUCACCACUCUCUCGGGACACCAUUGACGAUUGGGAAGCCAACGCCAAAUAACACGAUCUAUGUCCUUGACGAUAACCUGCAACCUACGCCGCGCGGAAUGCCGGGCGUUAUGUGGGCUGGAGGGCCCUGUGUUUGUCUAGGGUAUGUCAAUCGUCCAGAACUCAACAGGAACAAGUUUGCACGAGAUCCCUUCUCUCCCGAAGGAGGAAUGAUGUUUAAUACGGGGGACAUCGGUCGAUUAAGAGAUGACGGAGAGCUAGAUUACCUUGGUCGGAUUGAUGAUCAAGUAAAGAUACAGGGCUUCCGUGUCGAGCUAGAUGGAGUGUCGGCAUCGAUAAGCGCCUGUCCUGGUGUUGUCCAAGCAUGCGCUAUGCUGAUUCAAGAUGAGUUGUGGGCGUUCUACACGCCUAUAGAGGUGCCCGCGGACGCUGUUCAGGAUGUAGUGGCACAACUGCAGCCGAAAUACUCUGUGCCGAAGAGAUACAGAGCGCUGGCUGCAUUACCAUUAACCAGGUGA